AUGACUUCUGUUGGCGAUUCCAACUCCCGUGACAUUCCACAGCCUACUCGGUCUAAGCGGUCAGAUGGACCGAGCACAGUUAUGGCCGAUGCGGCUGAGCUUGAGUCCUGGAUUGAUACUCUUGAAACAGCACUCGACAAAGCAAAGGCCUUUGCCCAAGAAGCCAGGGCCAGCCUCAAAAUGUUGCGAGAGCAGCGUGAAAGUGCUCGGCCUUUUUUAGAGCCUUCCACUCUCACGGUUCGCGAGUUCUAUGGUGAAGGCAAAAGCGGCUCUCGUCCAUUGAGCUAUUUUGAUGCUGAUGCCAUCUUUCUCCACGUCUAG